AUGACAUCCAGCAUUCCACAUAGCCAUGAUUUUGAGCCAUGCCUCAGUGGCCAAGCGCAUGGCCAAGGUGCCCCUGUAUACAGCUGUGGGUGCUACCGUCACAUGAAAGUUGAACCUACACUUGCACUCGCAGAUGCACUUGCAGAUGUAUCUGAACACCAGGGACUUAAAAGGGAUGUCAAUAGUUCGAACACACAAAUUGGAGGCCGUAGUGGUGACUCAGAAAUUUGGCCCCUGAAGCGCAAGAGGUCAAAGACAGCCUCUGAGUCUGACCCCAUGACACCACAUCACUUUGGGCGAAACCUGAGCAAUGUCCAACACGCUCAAUCAGUACCAGCACUUGAAGUGCCAAAGUGUAGGAAGCUGGGAAAGGCCUUCGAAUUGAAUAGAAGCAUGACCCAUGAAACCUCAGAACUUAGUGUUGUGAAAUGCCUUGAAGCUGCCAUUGACAGGCAAACAGAGGUGCUGUCCAAGAUUUAUCGCAUUCUGGAGGGCAGUGCCAAGUAA